CAGAGCUUCCCACAAUGUCUCUCUGGCUCUCUAACUUCGUCCGUUUGCACCUCACAACCUCAUGGCCUAUACUAACUUAUGCUGUCACUUGGGUAACGCUACUAACCUUGACGGUGGCAGUGGCAUCUUUGUCAACACAGUUGGCUUUUGUCUCCGCCAUAUCACCUUCCUCUUCUUUCUCUCAGAAGUGCAACACUGAUGGUUACAUUAGAAUGCCCUUGGAUGUUCCAGGUGACAUUCUCUGUUUUCCUGCUCAUCUGUUCAUGAAGUCCAAGAUUGAUCUAUUCGUUCCACCUAUCUUUGCGGCGGUAAUUGUAGCCGCUUCUGCUUGCUUGGUGCGAGCUGUGGGGUUGUGGGAGCAUGAUCUAACUCGUUGAGAUGCACAUUAACUUUGGUAUUCCUUUUAGAAUCAGAUUUUCAAGCGAUACUUAAAAAUAAAAGCUGCGCUAAACAUGCAAGGUGAUCCAGUUUUAUGUUAAGCGGCUUGUAACUUUGGGAUUAAACUUU